UCGCCGACCCACAGAUUUCGUAAAAUUCGUGAAAACUGCUUGUAAAUUUUAUUAAAAAACGUUAUUCUUUUGGAAAUAGUCAUAGUUUCCAGCUCGGCUUCUUGUUUUUUCGAGUUACCUUUGAAUUUGUGAAAAUGAGACGUAAUAAUGCUCCCCGAGGAGGACAUGGUGGGCCACUGAUGACCGAGCACCUUCAACUUCAAGAUCUGGACUUGGAGCUGGAGUUGCUGAAGCGAAAGCGCGAGAUGAUUGAGCAGCAGCAGCAAAUGCUCACCAAGAAAAAGGCAUUCAACCGGCCGAGUCCGUUCGAAUUUGGCAAUCAGCCUCAUCAGUUGUUCCAAGGGCAACACCAACCGUUUAACAGCGACUCGGGUUUCUCUGCCUAUUACAAUGAGCCUGGGCAGUUCGGUAUCGGCGGCGGCUCCUCCGGUCUGCUGGGCAAGCGGCCGCCCGUGUGGGCAUCCCAAUCCAACGUGACCGCCAAACGUUUCUCCGGACCCCAGGGCGGGUCCAAGAAAAAGUUUGGCGGGAACAACUCGGGGUCGUUCUCCCAUUUCAACCAGCAGCCCUCGCGGCAGCCGUGGGACACCAAGCCCAAAAACUUCGGGGCUUCGAAGCCCAAUUUCCCCAGUCAGAGAUUCAACAACUCCCCCAAGGGCGGGAAACCGCCGCAGCGAGAUUUCAGACCGACGAAGGUCACCAAGCCGAAACCGGCGCAGGGCAAAGCCGCCGUUCCGACUCCAGCCGUCAAGAUGGCCGCGAAGGAUGAGAAUUUGUCGGGCUCUGAGUUGGUCCUGCGCGCCGACGUGGUGCCGUCGCAGCAGAUGGCGGGCCGCCUGGAGCUGGCGCUGGGGCAGAUCGUGAAAGAGAUCAAGACGAAGUACGGCGCCGCCGAGCACGUGACCUUCCAGUCGCAGGUGCUGGCGCGCAAGAUGAAGCAGGCCAUCCGCGAGCGAUUGCGCUCCGUCAUGCUGGGCAAGGCCGUGGGCAAAGUGGACUCCAUCGUGGGCCAUUACCGCCGCGCCUUCCCGCCCGGCACCGACGUUGAGAUCAUCCAGAUCGCGCUGGACGAACAGAACAAUGUUCCGCCGAAGAAACUGGCCAUAGAACUAGACAGCGCAGGGAGUGCAUUUAUGUACAUGAAGACUAAUAUGAACAAACUAAUUGGAGUUACCCUCGAUGAUGUCUUCAGCAAGCUUCAAGGAUUAUACGAAGAGCUGGAUGCCGAAGAAACUAAAGAGAUUUGCAAUCAAAUUAUCAAGGAAGCCGCAGACCUCACUAAAGAUGUCUCAGCUACAGAAAAGGACAAAAAAGAUUCCACUGAAGGGACUGAAAAUGCGAAUAAAGGCGAAAAUGGCGAGGCUGUUGAAAAUACGGUUGAAAAAGAUAAGGAAGAAACGUCAAAUACUACUGAUGAUGCUCAAACAACUGUCGAUAGUACACCAGCGGCUGUUAAAACUGAAGAAACACCUGCCGAAAGUGACAAACCUGCGGAGAACAGUGACAAGCCUGCCGAAGAUAAGGACAAGAAAACAGAAGCUACUGGGCAACGAAAACCCGACUGGAAGAAAAUUGAUGAUCUCAUCGGGGUAUUGCUUAAACACAAAUUGACUAUGAUUCUGCCGAAAUAUAAACCACUAAUGCUGAAGUUAUUGAACGCCAACUCCUUAUACCGAGUCACUAAAACGGCAAUAUUUGAGAAGACUCAAGAGCGUUUGAAUAUUGAGAACAGGGUUGAGCAAGCGGCCAGUUUGAACUCCACCAUCGACUUGAGCGCGACCGAGAAAGAAGCUGACGUUUCCGAUUACUCAAAAAAGUUGGGGUCUAAAUUCGCUUACUUGGUUAAGAUAACUGGCCAGCCGACGCUGCCUACCCGCAAGAUGAUGCGCAGUUUCCUGGACGAGUUCAAUCCGAGCUCCGUGAAGAAACACAGGAAGAUAGAUCUGUUGUUUGUCGCUUUCGACAACAAGGAGGGUUUCGACAAGAUCGUUGCUGUCAAGGAAACCGUUGUUGGAAACUCCAAGCUAAUCAUCACAGCCAAUGAAAGAAACAACAAAAACGAGUCAUUGAAUAGCUCGGAGUCAGAAAAGGUCAUCAGUUCAGACUUGGACGAGCAGAUCACCGACUUGCUAUCGUCUAUAAGGAAAGAAGAGGAGGGCAUUGACUCCAAUGACCCGGGAACAGAUUCGGUGGUAGAACCUCAAAGUGAGGCGUUGGAUGAAGGCGAGAGUGAAGCGGCCGUCAAUGGGACGGACGCUAACGGCGAUGAAAAGAAAACGGAAGACGCAGAAAUGGCAGAGGGGGAAGAAGUGGCAGAAGACGAAGUGGAAGAAGUUACAGAAGACGCAGAAGUGGCAGAAGUCAUAGACGAUGAAGACGCAGAAGUGGUAGAAGUGAAACCCGGUGAAACAGAGCAAGUCGAGAAAGAAGAAGCCAAAGAUAAAGUGGAAGCGUUGAAGGCAGAAGUUAAGGAGACUGGCAGGGCCACGCCCACCCGAACCUCGUCUCGCCUCGCCAACUCCACGCCCAGCUCGAUAAGGACUAGGCGUGCCAGCAAACUUGCACCAAACUAAACAUAACUGCCAAGAAAUU